AAUUAGUCAGGCGCGCUUACCAAUACGGAAGUUAGUCUAAAAUUACCACUGCGGCUCCCCUCAGCCAUGCAUACACGACUCGGGUAAUCAGAAAACCUUAAGUUCCCUCUGCGCAGUCAAGGAAUCCGAAGCUCAUCUUGCGACUUACCUUUGCGAUAUCAGAGAGAUCACCAACACGCUUAACCUAAUCGGGACACCUCCUCAUCAACUGCAUCAUCAAGCUUCGUAGAGAUACCAGCGCAGCAAUUAUCAUGGCCAGCAACCGACAAGCUGACGGCAUUAUCAAAUUCUACGAAUCAAGAGCGGCGCAGUAUGACGGUACCUGGCAUGACGACUUCACCAGCCGGUUUGUCAAACAGGUCGACAUCCAGCCUGGGCAACAGGUACUGGAUCUCGCAUGCGGUACUGGACUCCUUACAUUCCUCGAGGGAGACGCUGUUGGGCCAUCCGGACACGUUAUUGGUAUCGAUGUCACUCCAUCAAUGCUGGACAUCGCCAGAUUCAAGCAAAGGAAGUCCGGUGAUCAGUAUCCCAAUGUCACCUUUUUAGAAGGCGAUGUGCUACACUUACACGAAGUACUGGCUCUGAACAACAAGGUUUUCGAUGUUAUCACUGUUGCGUCUGCCCUGGUUCUGUUUCCGGACCCAAAGGCUGCUAUUGAGCACUGGUCACAAUUCUUGAAGCCAGGAGGCAUCAUCGCACUUGACGCUACGCACCCCAGAAAUCUGGUAGCUGGUAUGGUUCUUGAAAGGGUCGCUAGACGCUUGGAGUUGCCGUUACCAUACAACAGAUCUUGGAGUAAGUCAGACUCCACGCUCAGAGAUAUGCUUGAGUCUGCUGGUCUGGAAGUCGAAAAAGUGGUUCUCAUGGACAACCAAGCAGGGUACGGGAGACGGACAUAUGACGUGGAGCAAUGGGAUGAUUUCUUUGUCGAGAACGUAAUCGUGAAGGACGUCACGAGAACGUUCGCAAACAACGACAUCCGACGGGAAGCGCAGCGUGUUUAUAAGGAGGAGUGGGAGAAAUUGGCAAUCGAUGGGAAGGUAGAGGAAAUCGACUCUGUGUUUCUUGGAGUUGCGCGUAAAUCUGUUGAUGGUUCGAGAUACGUGCCGAAGACCGUAGGCGAUGGCAUCAUUUUCAAGGGCGGCUGCAGGUGUGGCGGCGUCCAGUACACGUCCACUGCACGACCCAAGGACAUUGUCGUCUGCCAUUGUCGCGCUUGUCAGCAGGUAUCUGGAUCUGCCUUCCUCCCGUUUACCGGCGUGCCAAAGAGCGCGCUGACCUUCACGGAAAAAUCCACUCGUGAGACUAUGAAGCUCUCACAAAACGCAGAGCGAUCAUUUUGCUCAAGGUGCGGUGCUCCCCUCACGAUGACUUACUCAUUUCACAAGGAAGAAAUAUCGCUCACUAUGAGCUCCGUGGACUUGGAGAGCCUGACGUGUGAACCACCUGCCGUGAAGAAGCACAUUUUUCUUCGCGAGAAAGCGCCGUGGCUUAUGCUGGCGGAGGAUGGGGCUGAACGAUGGGGAACGUCGGAGGAUGCACACAUGAUUCAAAGUGAAUGAGCGGAAUAGGUGUACAUAGCAAAAACUGCAACAAUCAAAGCUCCUGGUGUCAGGGUUGAUGACCCCGCAAGCUUUGUUUAGACAGCCUUGCAGACAACCGCGAUCAAGUGUAACACUAGCGUCACGAUUGUUUCGCGUGGCCCACGGUGGCGUGCAUUUUGUAGGGAACUACUGCAGGU